CGGCUUCUUGCUUUCUAGUAUAUACUGUCCUUGGUAUCUUAAGCAGUAUUGCUGGGACACUUAUUCUCUUUCUGAAACUCAGUUUGUGUCUUAGCAUCACCAGUUAGGCUGGCGGAACAGCGCAGCAUAAUGGUCAAGCUUAGCGACCUAACGCGGAUGAGUUGGUUUGGCAGCCGCAAGGAGUCAACUGGUGGUCACCCGGAGGCGACGGUUCAGCAUGCUCCGCGGCACCGCCGGAGUGCAUCGGCACCACCAAAGGAGCUUCCAUCUGUAGAGCUGGGCAUUAUUAGCAGCAUAAAGCAUCCAGCGGCGGAACGGGCAAGUAAGGGUCCCAGUGACGAAGCAGAGUUGUAGUCAGCGCUUCCCUGUUGGCUCAGAGGUGGCGAAGCUAGAGUAAACUUUAGCUGUUUGUGAUGCAUUCCUGCAAUUUACUUCCAAAGAACAGUUCAAGCUUAAGAGGGCAUUGAGUUAGGGGCGACGUUUUGCAUUAGUCUUGACGCUGAUAGCUUGCAAUGUGAUUGCCUUGGUCGCAUUCAGCUGCAGUGCACCUUCAAGAGACAAUUUACUUGUAGUGGCUGUCUGGCAUGACCUCUAAAGGGUAGUUGCAAGCUUGCAACGGUCCGUGCGACUUAGAUGUUCGCAUGGACCCCAGACCUGGGCGCGUCUUCACGUACGUAGUUAUUGUUAUGUUUCUUGCUCCCGUGAUGCUGUGCAUGGAAACCGAUUCGGCACUGAUAGGCCGUCGUGUUUUCUAUCAUUGGUUUGGGACCCACCAUUAGCUACCAAGUAGAGGCACUAGCGUGCUUAACCCUGGGUAGAGAGUCCGGCGGCGGCAGGAUGCUAGUCUUUCCUGUCUUAUUCCCCUGGACGUAGUUUGGGCUUGGGGCCGGCCUUUAGGGCAAACUGUUGCUUCACACACUUGGAACGCAAUGGCUCUAUUGUACCAAGAACUCUUCGCAUGCAUUGUAUUCGGGAUCAGUACGAUAUGGCCUUUCUUGCUUGUAGAUUAUGAUGAGGGGCCUAAAAGGCCCUUAUGGCUACUGUACGGACUUUGCUGUUGUCUGCUGUACGGAUGAAACGGGAAUGAGGUCCUCGAACAGGGGGGUUGGAUAGGUGGCGCAUAGCAUGCACAUUCAUGUUUGCGCCCUAUUCGUGCAUGGUGGGUUGUUACGGUCGCUGGUUAAAAAGAUGAGGGGCUAUGUCCCUUGGGUCCAUUCUCAACGACCGUCCAGCCCUCACUGCCAGCUUCGCCAUGGUUUGCCAGCGAAGGGAUAGACAUCGGGGGCGUGUGUUGGUGAUCGUCGUGCGGCGGGUUGGGAAGCGGCACGGCUGUAAACGUGGUACUGGUAUCGCCUACUAGCUCUGGACGUGCGUGGCGGCAUGCGUGCUCGAUCACUCCAUGUAAACACCGCGCAGACGUGUCUGCAUUCUUUUUAGUGCAGUCCGGGAACGUAGCUACUACAGGAGCUAGCAACCUGCAAACGUCGUUUUGUCAGCGUGUACGGCAUAUCUCCCCUGGCUCGCUCUGGCAGCCUGUCCCAUAGCCACGAUAAGCUAGCAGUAGCAUCGUUAUAGCAGAUGCUGUCCUACGUUGCCCCCACGUAAUGGGAGGAUGGAACGAAAUGAAAGCGGUAGGCUGCUAGCCAGUUGCCGUACGACACAUAUGUGAAUUAACUGUCACGCUCGCCGAAGCAACUAAACAUUGAACCGGCUGCUAUACGCCAGGAUUCUCGUCACACAAGUAGCAUUUCGACUGCCUCGUGCGCGCCGGUACGCUGCCGAAUCCGGAACACAAUACGUCAUCAAUUCCAGGGCGAGGCAAGGAUUUCUUGGAGUCAACCGUCGUUCAUUGCUCGUUACUAGCUCGGCGUGCUUUUACUUUGUAGAGCUAAGCGCAGAUCUAAAAGGAAGGGGCCACCUGGGUAGCAGCCUGACUCAGCGUGUUCCUGCAUAUUUUCAUUUGCCAUGAACGUCCUUCAAAAACGCUCUAGAUCAGUAUGUAGCGCUGGAUCUACGGGAACGCGGCGCACAAUAUGCUUUGCGCGCCCGUCAACGGCGACGCUUGGGGCGACAUCGCAAUGCGUUCUCGUAGCGGGGCCUUCAAGCAGCAGGAGGAACCCUGAUGUUGCGCAACAGUGGGCAUGGGGCGUUCGGCAAGACCACCCCGCGCGUCUCGUGUGCCGCGCUGGGGAGAGAGCCGCCGGCUCUGAGCCCUGGUGGGCCAAGGACAACCCAUCCAACAUGAAGGACAUCAACUCCAUCCAGGAGCUGGUGGAUGCGCUGGCGGAGGCGGGCGACCGACUGGUGGUGGUGGAGUUCUACGCGCAGUGGUGCAAUGCCUGCCGCGCGCUCUUUCCCAAGAUCUGCAAGAUCAUGGCUGACAAUCCCAACGUGCUGUUCUACAAAGUCAACUUUGACGAUAACCGGGAUGCUUGUCGUACUCUGGGUGUCAAAGUGCUGCCGUACUUCCACUUUUACCGCGGCGCUGAGGGGCGAGUGGCGGCGUUCUCCUGCACCAUCUCCAAGCUCUUCAUGUUCCGGGAGGCGUUGGAGAACUUCAGCUCCCCCUUCUGUUCCCUGGAGCCCUCCCCCGGCCUUAAGGAGUUCCCCUCCCUGGUGCCGCAACGCCAGCAGCAGGGGCAGGGGCAGCAGGGGAGGCAGGACAGCGGCGAGGAGGCGGAUUCGGAGGCCGACAUGCAUCCCCUGGCUGAUACACCCACGGUGGUGGGGUGACGUGAUGGGAGGCGAUGUGAUGGUCCAUGGGUCGGUGGGGUGUGUUGCGGAGUAAAAGGGAGGAGGAAUUGCACUCUGCAUAAGGUACAGGGGGUGGCAUGAAGGAGGUGGGAGGUAGGAGGGGAUAGUGUGUGAGAAGCACAUGCGGGGUAUUACAGGAGUGAGGGGGGUUGGGAAAUGUGCAUUUAAGCGACAUGUCAGGAGCGGCAUAAUACCAGAAGAGAGGAGGACAGGCAAAAUGGUGCCCGGUGAGAGGGGCAAAGUGCACCCCAGGGCGUUGAACUCGACCGUUGGCCCAGAGGUACUUAGUACCGAACCCGGUUUGACCAGGAACACAAGAAGUACACAUGCAAGUGGGGUUGUACGGUACUGCAAUGCACGACAAAAGAAGAAAUGUAUGGAGGGAUGCAGUUGAAUUACCGAGCUGCAUGUACGGCUUUGGUUGUCGGCUGCUGCUCUGUGUUGUCGUAGCGUACGGCACUGCAGAUUGUUGUUUCUGUCUGCAUGACUCUAGAAAGGGCGUACGGUGGUGUUGUGGUUGGGCAGGUUUAGGCGGACCAACAACAUGCCGUCGGGCGUGCAUCGUAGAACUCCUGCGUUGAUAAGGACCGCUGACGAUUGCUGGGCAAUAGGGUUGGUGGCGCAACAGAGGUUGCCUCGAAUUGUUUUUCUGCUCAAUCGGGUGCACCGCAUAAGUGCACACCGCGGGACGAGAUGUGCAAUCAUUCGUGGGCUGCUUCGGAUAUGGG